AUGGCUACCGAAAACUUUACUCACACUCUUCGUCCCUUCUUUGAUGGAACGGAUUAUCCAAAUUGGAAAUUUCGUAUGGAAAACUAUCUCGAUAUGGAUGGUGUGAACUUAUGGCAUAUGGUUCUUGAUGGUUAUGUGGCUCCUACUCAAGAGUUGAAUGGUGCUAUUAUACCUUGGCCAAGAAAAGAUUGGACCAAGGAUCAAGUUCUAGCUAAUGCUCUCAACUGGAAGGCUAUUUGUGUGAUCAUUUCAUCUUUGUGUAGAGAAGAGCAAGGAAGGGUUCAACAUUGCACAACGGCUCAUGAUAUGUGGAAGAUUCUUGAGAACUACCAUGAAGGAACGGUUCAAGUAAAGAACAAGAAGGUUGAGCUUCUCAUUGGAGAAUAUGAAGGGUUCAAGAACAAGCCAAAUGAGACCGUCACCGAGACUACCAAUAGACUUUUUGGCAUUACCACCAAUCUCAAGAAGCUUGGUAAGCACUAUACUCUUGGUGAAAUCAAUGUCAAAAUUCUUCGUUCAUUGCCUCUCCUUGAUUGGCAACCGAAGAUAACCGCCAUUGAGGAAUCACAUGACAUAAGGAAUUUGAGAACCGAUGAGCUUAUCGGAAACCUACUUCUUCAUGAGAUGACCUACAUGAAGGAAAUUCAAGAGUUGAAGAAGUCUCAAGAAGAGAAAACUAAGGGAAUUGCUUUGAAGGCUAAAGCAAUUGAAAGUAAGGUUGAAGAGGAGCUUAAUGCAAGUGAUGAAGAAGAUGAUGAAGAGAUGGUGCUAUUGUCUAAGAAAGUAAGGGAAUGGAGAACAGGGAAGAAGUCUCAAGUUCAAAAAUAUGAGCAAAAGGGUGAGUCCUCAAACUUCAAGAGAUCAUCCAACUCCAAACAAGAGACUCCUACUCCUAGAAGAGAUGUCACUUGUCAUGGGUGUGGCAAACCGGGUCAUAUUAGACCGGAAUGUCGACAAGGGCAAAGGAAACCCUUUCAAAAGGAUAAGAAAGGAUUCAUCACCACUUGGGAUGAUGAAAGUGAUUAUCAAUCCGAUGAAGAUUGCCAAGAAGAGGCAAGAGCAAAUCUUUGCUUCAUGGCUCUAGUUGAUGAGUCCCCAUCCGAGGUAAGUACUCUACCUUUUAUUUCUUGGGAUGGUGUAGGGAUAGAACCUCAUGAUAGCUCUAGUGAUAUUGUUAUUGUGAAAAAUAACCCUAGUGCCUCUUGUGUUGUAAAUGUUGAGAAUGUGUUGGUUGAUGAUUCUUUGGUGUAUGAGAUUGAUGAUGAAUGUCAUGACAUGAUAAAUGAACUAACUAACAAAUGUAAAUCUAUCCCUAAGCAAGAUGUCAAUAUUUUGCUAAAGGAAAAUGAAACACUAAAGAGUGAAAUUCUUUCUCUAAAUAGCUCUAUCUCAAGAUUUCACAAAGGGAAGGAAUCUUUGGACAAUCUUCUUGAUUCCCAAAGAAACCCAACCAUAAAAUUUGGACUUGGCUAUAGUCACAACCCCUCUUCCUCAAGUGUGACUACUUUUGUGAAGGCUUCUUCACCUCAAACUUCUUCUAUAGAAGUUCCUCCUUCUUUGGUCAAACCAAAAGAGGUGAAUAAGAGGUAUGCUCAAGCUCCCAAGACUAAGUCAUUUGUGGCUUCUAAGUCUAAGAGCAAAGUGGGUACAAGACCCCCUAGACAUACCCAUGCCUCUCAAUAUAGUCACAAAUGGGAGAAGAGAAGUAUGAAAAAGAAUCAUGUUCAUUCAUAUCCCUAUGCUCAUUCUCACAACAAUGCUCAUGCAUAUAGAUCACUCUUGUGCACAUUGCUAUGCUCACUCAUAUGA